AUGGGGUUAGACACUGUGGCACAUAAGGCGGAGCAGACCAGUCCGAACAGGUCUGUGUGCGCCCACCCACCGGGCGGGCAUAGAGAAGUCGAGCUCACUCCACCCACGCCUCCUCCUCAUCCUCCCACCACCACCACCCCUAAACCGAUUCGUCACCCUACGCGCCGAGCUGCCGCAGCACUGCGUGGGGCAUUUGUUCUCACCUGGACAGGCCGCGGGGCUCGAUUUAUGAAGAGGUCCGUCAGAAGCCCCUGCGCACACCCGUCGUCUGCUCGCAUGAGAACCCCCGAGCUACUGAACGAUUCAGAGCAGGAGUCGUGUGUGUGGCUGGACGAGCUGGCUACUCUAAAAGCAAAUCCUAUUGUAGGCUUCUGUGCUAUUUUGCACUGA